AUGAAAUUACAAUCUGUAUAUACAUUUUCUGUAUCAAAGAAGAAAGAUGUAGAGUUAUUAAUGCAUCAUGCAUGUCCAAUAUGGGUUAAUAUAAGUAAAAAUAAUCUGGAAACGAAACAUCAAUUGGAUACUUUUCUUCGUAUACAUGUUUUACCAAAUGCAAAAAGAAUCAGUGAUCGUUUAGGAAUAAAUCCACCUUUAGAAGCAAUUCAUUUGGAUUAUAUUUAUCGAGCAUGUUCUUUUGAAGGUUUAUUUCAGGAUACACAACUUCUUAAAUCUGAUAAAUAUUUCCUACAAGUUAAUUCUCGAAAAUUUAGAACAAGUAAAAUAAUUCCAUUUGGAUCUAAUGUUUACUUUGAGAUUUAUAAUUGUACAAAUAGAUAUGAUAUGGAACCAAAGUAUAGUACAACACUUAUUCGAGUAUUAGUUAACGAAGAAUCUUAUGUCAUCCCUGGAUCAGAUUUUAAGUGA